ACUCCCGGCUGUGCGCUCUGACAUUGGGCGGGGCCUGUUGGGGAGGGGCCUGUCCGGGGACGGGCCAGGUGUGUGGCUGGCGUUGCAGAGACCAGGUGGCAACACUGAGGCCAGGGCGGAUGCUGAACUCGCACUUGGGGCCCGAGACUGGGGUCUGUCUGGUCACGUUGUCACACUGGGUGCAACUCCCAAGAUUUAUAGGCCGCGGGCCUGGGAAGUCCCCACUUAGAGACAAGGAAGCAGCAGUCACCCUGGGGGCCACAGAAGGGCCCUCAGUGGCGUCCAUGGCUGGCCUGGACCCCACACUGAGCACAAGUCACCCAUUCUAUGAUGUGGCCAGACACGGCAUCCUGCAGGUGGCAGGGGAUGACCGCCAGGGGAGACGCAUCUUCACUUUCAGCUGCUGCCGGCUGCCACCCUUGCACCAGCUCAACCACCAGCGCCUGCUGGAGUAUCUGAAGUACACACUGGACCAGCAUGUGGAGAACGACUAUACUAUUGUCUACUUUCACUAUGGCCUCAGCAGCCAGAACAAACCAUCCCUAGGCUGGCUCCAGAACACCUACAAGGAGUUUGACCGGAAGUACAAGAAGAACCUGAAGGCACUGUACGUUGUACACCCCACCAGCCUCAUCAAAGCACUGUGGAACAUCUUCAAGCCCCUCAUCAGUCACAAGUUUGGGAAAAAAGUCACCUACUGCAGCAACCUGCGUGAGCUCCGAGAACACCUUCAGUGCGACCAGCUGCUCAUCCCCCCGGAAGUAGUGCGGUAUGACGAGAAACUGCAAAACCUGCACAAAGGUCAACCGCCCCCGCCCACCAAGACACCGCCACCUCGGCCGCCUCUGCCCACCCAGCAGUUUGGCGUCAGCCUGCAAUACCUCAGAGACAAAAAUCAAGGUGAACUCAUCCCCCCGGUGCUGCGUUGGACGGUGACAUAUCUGAGAGAAAAAGGACUGCGCACUGAGGGCCUGUUCCGGAGAUCGGCCAGCGCCCAGACUGUCCGUCAGGUGCAGCGGCUAUAUGAUCAAGGGAAGCCCGUGAACUUUGAUGAUUAUGGAGACAUGCACCUCCCAGCCGUGAUCCUGAAGACAUUUCUCCGAGAGCUGCCCCAGCCACUGCUGACCUUCCAAGCCUACGAGCAGAUUCUCGGGAUCACCAGUGUGGAGAGCAGCCUUCGAGUGACCCACUGCCGCCUGAUCCUGCGGAGCCUCCCAGAACACAACUAUGCCGUACUCCGCUACCUCAUGGGCUUCCUGCAUGAAGUGUCUCUGGAGAGCAUUUCAAACAAGAUGAACAGCUCUAACCUGGCGUGCGUGUUUGGAUUGAACUUGAUCUGGCCAUCCCAGGGGGUGGCUUCCCUGAGCGCCCUGGUACCUCUGAACUUGUUCACAGAGCUGCUGAUAGAGUACUAUGACAAAGUCUUCAGUUGCCAGGAGGCCCCUGGGGAGCACACCCGGGAUACUGUGGAAGUACAGCAGGCUGGCCCUGUUACCAAAGAAUUUAUGAAGACGGGCACUCCCCGGGCCUCACCAUACCUGUCCCGCCUCCGUAUCUCCUGACUAGCUUGAGACACCUCAAGAUGGAGACUGGAGAUGCCCCCUUCCAAUCUAGGCAUCUGUGUACCUGUUUGUCUUAUGAACUUACUAUCUUUAAGAAGACACAGGAAUUAAAUGAACCCAGAACUUCCUAGUGGGGGUUUUGUGCUUCUGAUUGUUGGGUCCAUCACGGUUCUGGGAAAUGUCUGAAAUGACAUACAUGUGUGAGGGCAACUCUUCUGAGCCAUAAUUCAGCGUGACUAAAGGGAAAUGUGAAUUUGCUGGCAAGGGGCCCAGAGCAGUCACUGUUGGCUGCGGUGUUAUGUGGCAGGCCAUCCAACCCAGUGACUGACACAGCUGUGGACUGGUCACAGUCCCUGGGUUACCUGACAGGUCAAGAGUUCUUGGGGAACACACACAUGUCCGGGGCCGGGCUGGCUAGCAUCUGGGGAGAUUCUGCUGUCUGGCCAAUUACUCCUAUCCUCCAGCAGGUGGCAUGGGGAACAUGGUAUCUUGGUCAGAGGUGCUGCACAAGGUUUGUAAGAUCUUUGUGAUCGUGGACAGCAAUGCUCACCUGAGCAUCACCGGUGGAGAAGGAUGUCCGCGGCCAAGCCAGUUGGCCACAGUGGAAGGUUGAGCGUUGUUGAGACUCCCGAAGAGGAGCGGAGCUACUGUUUGGCAGCCAACCUGCCAGAGGGCUCCGGGUUUCUUGGCCUCGGACUGAAUCUUUGGCCUAAGACUGUCCUCUUAGGGUUGUAGGAUGGGCCAUUUACCUCAUUAAAUACAGUGCAGCAAAGUUCCCUA